AUGGCACCUUCCACUCGAGGCAACCGUGUUGCGAAACGGCAGGCACCACUUCGAGCUUUCAUCAAGGUCACCAAAUCCACGCAACCACAGUUGAGCGCCAAAGCUCGCGCAUGUGAACGGUUGAUCACACCGUUGGUAGAAGUUCCACAGCCACACAAAAAACUGCCGAAACGAAAACGACCGGUGGUUGAGGACGAUGAUGAACCAGAAGCAGAGAAUUUGUGUCCAGGUACUGCAAGUGGGAAGAAGGCCAAAUUGUUCCAACAGAGCUCCAGUACUUCGCAAAAAUCCGAAGAAGAUGCAAUCGAUGUUGACAUAUCAACCCCCCUUAAAUUCGCCGGGCUAUCUCUUACCGGAAAGUGUUCUGGCCAUGCAUCAAAUCAACCGGAGCUGCCUCCUGUGCUACAAGAUCUGAAAAGUUUGCACAGAUCUUUUCUCAAGGCCUUCACAAUACACGUUGCUCAUAACGGUCCAACCGCGCCAGCAGAUUUGGCAUCCUUCCUUGGCACAAUCACCCGCAUAUGGAAGAAGGACACUGUCUCACGAGAGGACAUCCAACGCAUGCUGGCGAUAUAUGAGAUUGGUUCCGAGCCUGAUGUCACUUCGCAGACGUUGAGGUUCAAGAACAGCCCAUUUAAACUCAACUUGGCUGGACUGGGAAAUAAUGUUCGAUACCAUCUUGAAUUCUGUGGUAGUCAAGUCUUGGGGCAACACUCGUACGAGGAGCAAAAACUGCAAGAUUUGUAUGAAACAGAGCUCGAGAAGAGUUUCACUGGUCAGCAGGGCAAGGCGAACAGCUGGCUGUCUGAUGACAUCUCGCUUCUUCCACGACUUGAGAUCCAGAUGGGUGUGCAGACGCAAGUCCGGAGAGAAAAAGCAUCCUUGGCUCGGAGUCAUAUUCUAGGGACACAUGCAAGCAACAAGACUGUUUCAACAGUACAAACCGCAACUCAAAACAUUGAAAAACCCGAAGCAGAAACCGUAACAUCUUCCGAAGCACUGAAGGCUCGUACACUCUCACUAUUCGACCGAGUCAAAGCUAAACAGCUGGCCAACUCUUCCAAAACUGCCCCGACGACAGAAUCAAUAUUGCGAUCCAGGGCCAUCGGGCGUGUUGAUGAUGUGGUCGACAUCUUGCGAAUGAAGCAGCAACAGAAGCUUGGAGCCACUCUCGGAUCCUCACUAUAUGAGAAUCCCAGCCAAGCCCGGAGCAAGAUAUCUUUCGGCAUGAACCAGGUCAUCCACGAUAUCAGAAGCAGUUUGUCCGUUCCGAUUGCGGAGGAAGAGAUUCAUAUGUGCAUCAAAAUCCUUGCAAAUGAUGUUCCAGGAACGUGGCUGACGACGUUCAGUGUGGGAAAGGUACAGACAGUGAUUCUUGAUGGAUCAGGAAUGAGCGGAUUUGAAACCAAGCGAAUAUUGAGCGGGAAAUGA